AUGGAAAUGUUUCAUGUCAAACCAAGAUGGCUCUUUCUCAAAAUCACAUGCGAUGACGGGACAAUAGGUUGGGGCGAACCAGUGGUGGAAGGAAGAGCUCAAACGGUUGAAGCUGCUGUAAAAGAAAUUGCUCGAUAUUUGAUUGGUCAGGAUCCACGAGACAUUGAAAAACAUUGGCAAACCAUCUAUCGAGGCAGUUUCUAUCGAAAUGGACCCAUUCUAACAAGUGCUCUGUCAGGCGUUGAACAGGCUCUGUGGGAUAUUCUGGGAAAACAUCUUAACGUUCCAGUGUGGCGUUUGCUCGGUGGAAAGGUGCGUGAUCGAAUUCGUAUGUACGGAUGGUUGUCAUUAGAACCUACAGGUGACUACAUUGACUUGUAUGCGAAAACAAUGCAAAUGAUUGAACAACCGCAUGUAUUACAUGCUAUUCGAGAUAAUAUUAUCCUUCUUCGAGAUAAGAUCGAUAAGCGAAUAGAUGUUGCGCUCGAUUUUCAUGGACGAUGCACGCCAGCCAUGUCUCGUCGUAUAAUUCACAUGAUCGAAAAUGUUGAUAUUAUGUUUAUUGAAGAACCAGUAUUGCCCGGUGACGUGACCGCUCUCAAACAGAUCUCGUCUUCUACGAGUAUCCCCAUUGCUACUGGCGAACGUUUGUUCACACGUUGGCAGUUCAACGAUCUUAUCGAACAACAAGCCGUAGCAAUCAUUCAACCCGAUAUCUCCCACUGUGGAGGUAUCUUUGAAGCGCGCAAAAUAGCUUCCAUGGCCGAAGCUCGAAAUAUUGCUGUGGCGCCCCACUGUCCAUUGGGUCCUAUUGCUCUGGCAUCCUCGCUACAAUUGGCCUCAUGUACGCCAAAUUUUCUAUGUCAAGAACAUUUGACAUUAGGUCAUGACUACUUGAAAGUCCCGUUUCAGGUCAAGGAAGGCUAUGUGGAUGUACCUCAUCUGCCAGGACUUGGAAUUGAGGUAGAUGAGGAGAAAGUGCGAGCAGGAAUAUUUGCAGGUGAUUGGGAUACACCUCAGUUCCGACUAAAAGAUGGCAGCUUUGCCGAAUGGUAA